CCGAUACCAAACAGCCCCUCAGUUCUCUGUUCCCUGAUAUCAAACGACAGAAGAAGAAGAAGACGCUCGUGAGCUAGAUUGAGCUUCAAUGGUCCUCUCGGCAAUCAGCCGGUGGCUCGUGAACCCUCGAAAAAACCCUUUGGCGGCGGUGCACCAGAGGGUCAUCUCCAAGCGCCUUAGGAAUUAUGGCUUACGGUAUGAUGAUCUGUAUGAUCCGUACUACGAUCUCGAUAUCAAGGAGGCCCUAAGCCGUCUCCCGCGCGAGGUUGUGGACGCUAGGAACCAGCGCCUGAAGCGCGCCUUGGAUCUGUCUAUGAAGCACGAGUACUUGUCCGAGGAGAUGCAGAAGCUGCAGACACCAUUUAGAAGCUAUCUUCGGGAUAUGUUGGCUCUUGUCAAGAAGGAGAGGGAGGAAAGGGAGGCACUUGGAGCUCUUCCCCUCUACCAACGCACCAUUCCAUGAUUACUUUUCAAGCUUCCUUUCUUCUGUCCGAUAUCAUUAAAUUGUUGGAAAUAAAUGACUCUUUAAUGGCCUUUCCUUUCUUGUUCUGUCUUUGAUCUGGUUUACUGGAUGUUAUGUGGCCCAGUAAUUAUAAAAUACAGUGGGUUUCUAAUUUGGAAUACCCUGUUCGCCAAUUUAUCUUUGUUAAGUUCAUUUUCAAACUAUUUUGUAAGGAUUUUCAGCUCUGUUGUUAAGAGUUUAUUUUGUACUUACAUAAUAUAUGCUCUUAGUUUCCCAGUCUUUA